AAACAAAAACAAGAGUUGAAGAACUGCAGAGCCCUUCUAGAAUAUGAAAGAGAAGAAAUAAACCAUAAAUGGACAGUGUUACAACUGAGAAUGAAUGCAUUUGAUGCUCAAGUCAGCAAACAGAAGGAAGAAUAUCUAACAGAACAAAAGGAAAUAGAAGAAGAAAGAAAAGGUCUAGAAGAGACCAUAGUCAAGAUUCAAAAGCUGAAAACUAAAGCUGAGCAGGAACAUCAAGACAUAUGCCUAAAAAUGCAAGAGUUGUGCACACUGCAAGAACAUAUUAAGAAAGAAGAAGAGAAAGAAGAAGAAAGGAUGGUAAAAGAAAAGAUGGAGAGAGAAGAAUUUGGUCAGAUAAAGAGUGAACUGGAAAGAGAGAAAACUAAAAUAGAUCAUGAGCAGAAGAAAAUUAAUGAUGCCAAAAAGAUCAUUGAACAGAAAAGAAAUGACCUUGAGAAGAUGUGGUCUGAAGUAAUGUUACAAAGAAAACAAAUAGAAGAAGAGAGAUCAGAACUUGACAACAAAAUAAAACAGACAGAUCUAGAAAAAUCUAAUAUUGAGAAAAGCAAAGAAAAUGUACAGAAAUUAUUGAAUGAGGAGGAAGAAAAGAGAAAUAAUAUUAAACUUCAUGAAGAAGAAAUUGAACUUGAGAGACAAAAGAUCAAUGAUGAAAAAGAUUUUCUGUCUCAAAUAAAGACAGAACUGCAAAAAGAAAGUGAACGAGUGCAAUACAUGGAAGAGGAAAUUAAUAAGGAGAGACAAACAAUGAAAGAAAAGGAAGCUCAUCUACAAAAGGAAAAGGAAGAAAUUGAGAGUGUCACUGAAAGAACAAACAGACAAAAAGAAAAUCAUGAAAACAUAAACAAAUAAACAAAAAAAAAAAAACAAGAACUAAAGAACCCCACAAAAAUACUAAAAAAAAGAAAUAAAACAAAAAAAUCAAAAAUUGACAGAAUUAAAAACUAAUUUAUGAAUAUGAACAGUCAAAGACUGAGUCUAUGAGGAAUGUUC